CGGCAUCCCCGGCGCCGGGUCCUGAGUUGCGGUGGGCUAUGGCUCCUGGCGGCUGGCGCUGGCUGCGCGGCCUGCGGGCCGUGGGGCAGCCACUGUUCCAAGGCCGUGCGCUGCUCGUCACCAACACGCUGGGCUGUGGUGUUCUCAUGGCGGUCGGGGACGGCGUGCGCCAAUCCUGGGAGGUCCGCACCCGGCCUGGCCAGAAGUUCGAUCCCCGGCGCUCAGCGAGCAUGUUUGCAGUGGGCUGCAGUAUGGGUCCCUUCCUGCACUACUGGUACCUCUGGCUGGACCACCUGCUCCCAGCGUCUGGCCUCCCUGGCCUCCCAAACGUCCUCAGGAAGGUCCUCGUCGACCAGCUGGUGGCCUCUCCCAUGCUAGGCGUCUGGUACUUCUUGGGCCUUGGCUGCCUGGAGGGCCAGUCCCUGGAUGAGAGCUGCCAGGAGCUGCGGGACAAGUUCUGGGAAUUCUACAAGGCCGACUGGUGCGUUUGGCCAGCUGCCCAGCUGGUGAACUUCCUCUUCGUGCCCCCCCAGUUCCGAGUCACCUACAUCAAUGGCCUGACGCUGGGCUGGGACACGUACCUCUCCUACCUGAAGUACCGGGUGAGCUCGGUGGGCGGACCAGACACCCAGGGGGCUCCUCAGGGGCCACACGUGUGAACCCCAAAUGGCGGUGCAGCUGUGUUCUAGGGUGAGGUCCUCUUGGGCCUGUGAUAAUCUGCAAACCAUAGCAGGUGGGUGGGGAGCUGAUCCCCAGCAGGGUGAAGACCCAGCCCCCUAUCUGCUGUUUGAUGUGACCUUGGCCAGGACCUGCUGCGUCUGCCCCGCAGGACUGAGUCCAGCCAGAAGACAGGUGGGUGAGGACUCUCGCUUGGUGAAGAGGAAUCCAGAGGGGUGAACGGGGUGUGUGACCAGACUCCUCUUGCACGGACAGAUCCUGGGCCCGUCCACCCCUAGGCUGCGUGGCCCUGGGCACUGUGCAGACUGAGCUGCCCAGCCCUCCUGACUGGAUGCCAGACAGAGCAGGACUGACUCUGAGCAGGCCAGGCCUGGUCCUGGCCCCUCCCCUACACCUAGGCAUCUGGCUGGGCUGCCCCCUCCAAGCCUAGGGUAAGACCUCAGUUUUCCCAUCUGGAACACAACCAUGAAGAUGGUCACCCAGGAGCCCUUCUCACCGCAGGCUCUCCGUGAACCAGUGACAGAUGUUCCUAUCCGCAGCACUGGGCCCCGGCCAGCCCGUCCCAAGCCCCAACCCCUCAACACUAUUAUGGGCUGGGCCCUGGGCCCAAGGUGGGGACACAGCCCAUCCCCUUGGAGCAGGGCCCAGCCUGGAGUUAGCCCCCAGAAUCUGGAGCCUUGGGCAGGGCCAGGUGGCUUCCAGUCUCACACUCAGGUCACAGACUGUGGAAAUUCUAUUAAAUUCUCUGGUCAUUGAAAAUCCUGUGGAUGACCAAGGCCACCCUGGCAGGCUGGCUGGCACUCAUGGGGACACGGUGUCAUCCAUUCACUUUAUUGGGUGUGUGUAGUGUUGUCAUGACAUCUCCUGGGGAUCUGGGGGGAACAUUUGACACUCAUGACUUCAGAACAGGUCUGGUGUUGGGGGGGGGUCCCAGGGUGGCGAGUACCCACAGCAGCCCUCACCUCCAAAUAAGGGUAAAACUUUUGGGGUGAGGAGCCAGGCGGGCCAUUACCUGGCUCUGAUCCACCCCAUGGUCCAUGCUGAGACCCCCACAGUGGCCUUGGCCCACCGUGUCACAGCCGAGAGGCUGGCAGACCCGACUACCUCCCAUCACCCAAUCAGCCUGCCCUGGGGGGGGGGUCAUCGGGCCCCCUCUGCAAAACCGGUAACUGUUGUUGGGGGUGAAUUUUAAAAAAGGUGGGGUCUUGAGAGGACGGUGAGCAGUGAGUUCACAGGGCCACGACACGCCACGGCAGAGUGGGGACAGGGCUGUAUGUACAGGGCGGGACACGGGGUGGGUGGGGAGCCUGAGCCCCUGGGGGACAUCUCCAAUAAAUAAAUAAAUAACUACGAUAAUAAAUAAGGGUGAGGGGCUAAGUUGGGGGCGGGGGGGGUCUCACGCCCUGGGCCAGUGGGGGCUGGAUCGGGCCCAGGGGGUGGGCAGGGGUGGG